AUGGCGUCCCGACGGCCUCAAUUCAACCAGCAGGUCCAGGUCGACACGACCCCCCUGCCCGACGACAUCCCCAAGGUCAAGGAGGUCGGCGCCAGCUCCGCGCCCCUUCUGUCCGCCUCCUACUUCAUCGGCGCCCGGUGCCGCGAAUACAAUGACGACUUCAUGCAGUGCAAGACCGAGAACCCGGGCCGCGGCGAGUUCGACUGCCUGAAGGAGGGCCGGAGGGUCACGAGAUGUGCCUCUAGCGUGCUGAAGGACAUCAACACCCACUGCCUCGAGCAGUUCAAGGCUCACUGGACCUGCAUCGAGAACCGCAACCACCAGCUCUACCAGUGCCGACCGGCCGAGUGGAAGCUGAACAAGUGUGUCUACGAGAACCUGAAACUCGAGAAGAACAUUCCCAACCAGCGUCCCGGCGUCACCCCCGUCGAGCUCCGCCCCCACAUGAUCUACGCCGACCAAGCCAUCAACACCCUCGAGGGCAAGCCCUUCAUCCCGCCGUCAAAGGCCGAGGGCAGCAAGCAGGCGUCGUAA